UUUAAAAUUAUUUGCCUAUUCAAUGGCCGGCGGAUGUUGUUGCAACGAAUGAAUCAAAAGAAGCGCUUUUGACUCCCACGUCCUUAAGCUAAUUCGGCUUCGAAGUGAUCGUCAAGCAAAUCUUCACCGUUCCAAUGGAAGGACUGAAAGAGUUCCUAACUCCAACUCGCUUCAGUUUAUUCGGCUACAUUGUCGCAAUCGUCUAUUUCUUCGCAGGAGUUGUAUUUGUAGGAAUCACAAGCAAGUUGAGACUGAACGAAAGGAGAACGUUUCUUUGCGAUUUCAGCGGCGCACAACCGGCUGACAAACUAUUUCUUCAGGCGCAGUGCUUUGACAAGUAUGAGCAACAUUAUAAUUCUCCGCUGCCGCUUUACGUGUUUGUCCUAUUAAAUUUUGCUACGGUGAUUGUGGUAUGCCUUGUUUACAGUUGGUGUUGCGUGAAAUCUCGAGUGGAUAAGCUACAAGCGGCGGUAAUACCAGACGCAGAAAACCCUCGUCCACGGCCUAGAGUCGAAACUCGUUGUAUUUUCUUCUUGUAUUUCCUUCAUCUCGUCGCACGACUGUCGUUGGGGAUCAUUUUCGCGGUGUUGCAAAACUUCAUGUUUUAUUCAGGCGGCUUUCAAGUCGCAUUCGUCUGCGUUUCGUUGAAUGGCACAAAGAGCGCUUCGUCCGCAAAAAGCGAACCUAUUACAUAUUGUCACAACUCCGUUGCGUCUGAAAAGGGCACAUGCGCACUGUUGGUCCUUGCAGUUAAUGUCAUAUUUGCAUUUCUGGUCUUCGGGGAAAUUGUUUAUCUUGUAGUGCGAGCAUUUCGAAGAAGCAAAUUCGCGUCUGACUCAGAAUUUUGUGCGAAUUAUUUCUUUCACCAAAGCGUGACAGCUCUGACACCAGUUUGCUCUCGUCAACGCAUGAAAAGGAGAAUACUACAAGAGACAGAAUUUCUGGAACCACUUAUCCACUGUGGUAAGGAAAGCGCAAAUAAGAGGGUUUCUUUGGAUGAAAUAUUCCUCGAUGUGAUCAUUUACACCGGAAGAGCUACUGACGAAUUUCUUAGGGAAUGCAAAAGGCAUCUAAUAUACGACUUUUACUUGAAGCCUGAAAGUAAAAAAGGAUCUGUUGAGAUCAAGACGCGCAAAGAGCUUUUUCUAGCCAACGAAGAUGCCGACAACCCUCGCAAAAUUCUUAUCGUUGGUCGCCCUGGCAUCGGGAAGUCGCUGCUCUGUCGAAAGUUGCUUCGGGACUGGAGCAAAGGGGAACUUUUCCGUAACAUUUCGGAGCGUUUUAAGUACGCCUUUUUGUUCCAAUUUCGAUCAUUCUAUGCAGAAACGACAGAAAAGAUUUCCCUUUGGCAAUUGUUUAAUCGCGCUGCUUGUAUGGACGGACCAGUCGACCAUGGCCUUUUUCAAGAGUUAUUGGACAACCCCGAGACAAUCCUGCUUGUAUUUGAUGGCUUAGAUGAAUUUAGGGACCAGGGCAGUUGUACUGCAAACGAAGCCGCACGGUUCGGUAAUUCUCCUACCGAGGAAAUGCCUGUAUCAGCCUUGUUUGUAAAGUUACUGCAAGGCAAACUCCUUCCGGAUGUAACAGUGGUGACGAGCUGUAGGCCGACAGCAUUGGAAAGCGUCGAGGUCUCACAUUUUGAGAGGACUGUGGAAAUUAUGGGAUUUACGGAAGAGAAGGCUCACAAAUAUGUGAACAAAUACUGCCAAGGAGACGGCCACACUGCAGCCAGAAUAUGGGAGCAUCUGAGUAGUAACUUACACUUGUUGUCUUUAUGUUACAUCCCUGUGAAUUGCCGCAUAUUUUGUUACUUUCUGAAGGAGUUAAUCAAGCCAUCUCCACCUGACGCAGGAAGCGUCAUUUUGCCCACAAGACUGACGGACGUGUACCUUGGAGCCCUAAGGUUGUUUGUCUUUUCACAUCAUCCUGAAUUUCGAGAUAAACCAUUUCGAGGAAACGAAAGCUUUUCAGAUUCGGUUGAAAAGACUUUGACUGAUCUUGGAUCGUUGGCGAGGAGAGGUAUAGAGGAAGGACGGUUAAUAUUCGAUAAAGAAGAAGUCGCAGGAAUGACAAAUUGUGGUUUGCUGACCCAAUUACCUGACGCAAGGUUGUCACCGGUGGAAUUCAAACAGCGCUUCAGCUUCAUCCAUUUAACCUUACAAGAGUUUCUCGCGGCAAGGGAAAUUUCGAAGAUGGAUCCGGCUGAACUGAAGAUCUUUAUCACUUCCAACGCUGAGGAUCCAAAGUGGCAGCUUGUCAUUCAAUUCGUUGCAGGAUUGAUCCAUGGUAAAAAAAUGGAGGCCAUCGAGGGUAUUGUGUCUUGCCUUCACGAUUCGCUGCUCUCAAAAUCACCUAGCAGACCGUCAAGAAGGAAGGCUUUGCUCAUGAUGAACUGCCUGUACGAAUACAAUGACGAGGCUACAGUGAAGAGAGUAGCCUCAAUGUUAAAGCAGAACAGGGAUUUCCACGGAUUCAUUCAGUUAUGGAACUGUAACGUCACACCUGCCGAUUGCACAGCAAUCGUUUACUUCUUAAAACACAUUGAGCCGCUAAACUACUACCUUGAGCUGACUUGCAAUUCCUUAGGAGAUGGCGGUUGUAAAGAACUUUCAAAGCUGCUAAUAGAGGGAGGUCCAGUCAAACUGGUGAUACCCGAGAACAAUAUCACCGAUCAGGGCUUGAUUGCACUGGUAGAAGCUAUCAGUGCGGACAGUUGCAAACUCAAAAAGUUGAACCUUGUUAAGAAUACCUCGAUCACUCCAGAAGCUUUGGGUCUUUUAUGCGAGUCGCUGAAAGAGAGGAGUUGCAAACUCACCCAUUUGAACCUUGGAGGACUCCAACUCACUGAUAAUGUAUUGACACAACUGUGUGAGUCACUUCAACAUGUGAACUCCUCAUUGACCUACCUGAAGAUGACCAAUGACGACUUUUGGACUGAUGCGCUCAUACUAAAGCUCUGUGAAACACUUAGACACCCAAACUGCCAGCUAACCGCGAUAAGAAUUUCGGGCCAUAAAAUAACAAAUCAAGGAGUACACUACUUCUGUGAAGCACUGGAAUGUAAGCACUGUAAACUUACAUUGCUCAACCUGACCAGCAACCGAAUUACUGCUGUGGUGCUGCCAAAUUUGUGUAAAGCAGUGAAGCACCAGAAUUGCAAACUCUCGACGCUACACAUUACUUCGUGGAACAUCAAUAACCGAAGCAAACAGAAGCUUGAAGAUGCGCUCGAAGCUGCCAUUUCCGUAAGAAAACAAGCUCCAAAGGAACUAGAACCCUCGAUAAGUUUCCGUGAAACAUCUCACAAACUUGAGUUUUUUCAUGCAGUCCACUUCUAAUUCUCGUUAUAUACAUUUCACAGGGGGGGGGGGGGGGAGUGGGAAAGAAAAAGGGAAAAUCACUUAAUUUUAAAUUAACUGUCGCAAGGACUGUAGCGUCCUAAAUGUGACUUGUAUAAACCUCGCGAAAGGGACAGAUGCAGACGAGUAUAUGCAUUUGCAGGGCUAAGUUCCCGUUUUCAACCGAAUGGCUUAUAAAAACGAGAGGUUGAACCACUUAAGAGGAUGGGUUUGUUCAAACUUUAUGGCUAGAUUUAUCAUCGAUUUAGUGACUGACUGAUUGAUGAAUUCAAUUAAAUUUUUCAGAAAGUUGUUCAAAAUUCCUUCGAGGCUGAAAAAAAAGAUUGUCUUUCCUAUGUUCAGGUCAGUUCAACUGGCUUUGUUUAAGUCCAGUAAUAAAACUGAAAAAGUGAUAAUUUAUACGGUGCAAUUAUGGCUUUGCAUAUGUUGCACUAUUCAAGGUUUGGCGUAGAGAAAAAAUAAUGUCACUCUGAGCGACUCUCCCCC